ACUUCUCUAUCAUGAGUGUGGAUAAAGCCGAGCUGUGUGACUCAUUACUCAGCUGGCUGCAGACAUUCCAGGUGCCAUCAUGUACAAGCAAGCAGGACUUAACCAAUGGAGUGGCCAUCGCUCAUGUGCUGCACAAAAUAGACCCGUCCUGGUUUAACAAGACAUGGCUCGGGAGAAUAAAAGAGGAGAACGGGGACAACUGGAGGCUUAAGGUGAGCAACCUGAAGAAGAUUCUACAGAGCAUGAUGGAGUAUUAUCACGAUGUUCUGGGGCAGCAGGUCUCAGAAGAACAUGUUCCGGAUGUUCCUCUCAUUGGAGAGAUGGGGGACGUGACCGAGCUGGGUCGGCUGGUUCAGUUGGUGCUUGGCUGUGCCGUCAGCUGUGAGAAGAAGCAAGAACACAUUCAGCAGAUUAUGACUCUCGAGGAGUCUGUCCAGCACGUGGUCAUGACGGCUAUUCAAGAGCUACUGACCAAGGAGUCUGUGGAGUCAGGAAGCCCAGACACCUACGGAGACUUCGACUACCAAUCUAGAAAAUAUUAUUUUUUGAGUGAGGAGCUGGAUGAAAAGGACGAUGCGUCCCAGCGCUGCAGAGACCUUGAACAACAGCUGUCUCUGCUGAUGGAAGAGAAGUGUCUGAUGCAGACUGAACUCCAGACUCUAAAGAAGAGUUUGGGUCGCUGUGAGCCUCAGGAUGCUUCUACCACAAUCACAGGCAAGAAACUGCUGCUGCUACAGAGCCAGAUUGAACAGCUUCAGGAGGAGAACUACAGGCUGGAGAACAGCCGUGAUGACGUGCGUAUACGAAAUGAAGCUCUGGAGAGAGAAGUGGCCGACCUGCAGCAUCGCAACGAGGACCUUACCAGUCUGGCCCAGGAGGCACAGACUCUCAAAGACGAGAUGGACAUCCUCCGGCACUCAUCAGACCGUGUGAGUCGUCUGGAGGCCAUGGUGGAGACGUACAAGCGGAAGUUGGAGGAUCUGGGAGACCUGCGCAGACAGGUGCGUCUGCUGGAGGAGAAGAACACCGUGUACAUGCAGCGCACGUGCGAGCUGGAGGAGGAGCUGUGCAGGGCCAAUGCUGGACGCACACAGCUGGACUCCUACAAAAAACAGGUGCAUGAGCUUCACACCAAACACUCAUCAGAGGCUGUGAAGGCUGAGAGGUGGCAGUUUGAAUACAAAAACCUUCAUGAGAAAUAUGAAGCUCUGCUCAAGGAGAAAGAGAGGCUGAUAUCAGAGCGGGACACACUAAGAGAGAACAACGAGGAGCUGCGCUGUGUUCAGGUCCAGCAGAAAUGUCUCAGCGAGGCAGGCUCUUUGGGUUCUGAUGGCACAGUAGGCAACCUAGCAUCUGAGAUCAUGCCCGCAGAGUUCAAGGAGACUUUGGUGCGUCUGCAGAACGAGAACAAGAUGCUGUGUGUUCAAGAGGAGGACUACAGGCAGAGACUUGGAGAGGUCCAGGCCCAACUAGAGGAGACACAGCGCAGCCAGAACACGCUGGAAACACAAAACAGGCUGAGCCAGCAGCAGAUAGCAGAGUUGUGUUCUCAGUUGGAGGAGCUUCAGAGAGCUCUGCAGGAGCAGGAGAGUAAAUCUGAGGAUGUAAUCUCGUCCCUGCUGAAGAAGAAGCUCGAGGAGCAUCUGGAGAAGCUGCAUGAGGCUCACUCUGACCUGCAGAAGAAGCGGGAAGUGAUCGACGACCUGGAACCCGGAGUGGACAGCAACAUGACGAAGAAGAUCGAUGAACUGCAGGCGAGUCUCCGGAAGAAAGACGAGGACAUGAGGCAGAUGGAGGAGAGAUACAAGCGCUACAUGGAGAAAGCUCGCACUGUGAUCAAGACUCUGGACCCCAAGCAGAAGCCCAAUCCCGUCCCCACUGAGGUUCAGGCUCUGAAAAACCAGUUAACAGAGAGGGACAGAAAAAUCCAGCAUCUGGAGCAUAACUUUGAGAAGAGUCGGUCAAGACAUGAUCAAGAGGAGAAACUGGUCAUCAGCGCCUGGUACAACAUGGGAAUGGCUCUCCAUCAGAAGGUGGUGAAUGAGCGCUCCAGUGUCCCUGGUCAGGCUCAGUCCUUCUUAGCCCAGCAGAGGCAGUUCACACAGGCACGGAGAGGCCUGAGCACUCGCCUACAGCCCAGAUAACAAAUACACUAGCACAUACACUGUGACUUCUUCCUUACAUCCAUCACUAACUGUUCUGCUGUGAGACUCUGCUGCCCCCCACAGACAGCACCUUCAUGCUGAUGGCUGAAUGCUGAGAUGCACCUUUAUUUCUUGUGAAGGACAUGGUGCACCUCUUCUACCUUCUCUUCUCCAGAGAGGAAACCCCAAACAGGGAAGCUUUUUCUUUAUUGCUUUGCUUUUACACCUCCUUUUUGUGAGAGUAAUUUUUAUUAAGGUCUAUUUAAAUCAUUUUUAAAUCACUCUUACCGGUGCACUAACAACAACUAACAAGUCGGGAAUCAGGGAUUAAACUGGAUUAGACAUUUUAAUCGAUUUUUUACAUUUAAUUUUCUUUCUCUUUUGCUUUCUACUUCUUUUUGGUGUGAGUGUUUUUUUCUCUCAUUCUUUUACUACGUUGCUCACUUAAUCGACUGAUGACACUAAUAAUAUGCAUAUAUUUGUGUUUUUUUAUCUUGGUUUUAUUUUAUUGAAAGCAUGUUUUUCCUUAUUUUUCACUGUGUAUCAUUUUAAGUUUUUGUUCUUUUAUGUAUUUGAUUUUUGUGCUGUUUGUAGUUGUAGCUAGUGUUGAACAAAAGGCUUUCAAAGGCUUGAACAAAAGUCCAGUCAUGUUGUAGCACCUUAGCUAAAGUAUAAACAUAAAUAUAGUAGUAUAUAAUUCACUGUAGAUUAAAUUGAGCUUGCUGCUACACUGUGAAAGUGUUUUCUUACUUUGUAGGAAAGCACCUACAUAUAGGUGAACUUUUUUAGAUGAUCAUACCAGAGCUUUGAACUCUAAUACUGGUAAGCUUUUUUUAUUUGCCAGGUUAUGUGUGUCUGCUUGCACGGUCUGAGUUGUGUGGAUAUGAUAUUAGACUAGAAAUAUUGUCUGAGAUAUAAAAGGCCGAGCAUUGUAAUUGUACCGUUAGUCCCAAAGCUUUACCUUACAUUUAGCCUGGACUGAUACUCAUCUGCUUUGAUGAAAACAAAAUGUACACACCAGAAAUCUGAACCGAUGUAGCAAUGUGGAACUUCGGCUAACAAAUGUAGUCGGAAGGAUGUUUCCUAAAAGUUCAUGUUGGCUACUUAGUGCACUACUUGAUGUAUGAAAGUCUUUUUUGUUGUAUCCAGUGUAGUGCAUAAAAUCAUCCCUAAAUUUGCAAAUGUCUAGUUGCUCAAGUGACCUGAAAUAUGGAUAAACCAUUCAUUGGUGGUAUCAGAUUUGUUACUGAACCAUUAAUUUGGCUUACCGCGUAGAUCUUUCCCCAAUUUAAGGAGCUAAACACCUGGUAUCGUAUAUCUGGAAAUGGUGACCUGGAGGCAAUUUAAAGAAGGCUUUCCGAUACUUAAUCAACAUGGGUGCCUUCGGUCCACUUUUUCCAGUACAACAGUAUCGGGCGAUCAGUGAAAGUUGUUCGUAUGCAAAUAUAGAUGCAGAAACCUUGCAUAUUGUGUUUAUAUUACUAGACAUUGCAGUUGGUAUAUCACACAAUAUAUAUCAAACUAAGUGGUGUCAUGAUGAAGGACGUCCUUCAUUUGUUAUGAUCGUCUUUAGAAGCUAAAACCAGCAUAAACGCCAAAAACAAUUGUGGUUUAAAGACCAUGUACCUUUUUUUAAAGUAUAGUAUGUGAUUAGCAGUCUAUUUAGUUAGUCUCAUGACUGAGAGCUUAAAAUAGACAAAAUUAUAUAUGCUUCAUGGUCCAGUAAUGAAUGAUUUUAUGAUUUAAAAUGAUUUAAAAAUGAUUUUGUAACUGGUCGUCACUACAAAUUGUUCUACUCUGAUACUUUGGUACUAAAGUCACAUUUAGGAUUAGUGAGCCCCACACUUAGGAGUGUGAAGUAUAAUGAUGAUCAGUUGGGUCAAUACUCUGCGUCGGGUGUCGUCCGUACUUUUGGGUGAUUCUUCGCUGCAUAAUGUAGCUGAUUAAAUAUUAAAGGUUUUUAUCUUUAUGCUUGUUUGAAAAACUAAAUAUUGUGAGAAAUACAUUUUCAUGAAGAAGGACAGUAUGUGUGCCUUCAGGUAUUGUGGGAUAUGCUUCCAAAAGUUCAAACAGGAAGCUAUGGAUGCUUUAGAUGUGGGGCGUGUCUUAUUUCCGUUAAUUGCUGUCGAACAAAUUGCUAAAUUGGCAUCAGCUGAGUGGACUCUUCGCUUGUGAUGUUCACUGUACACUCACCGGUUUGCACAAAAGGAUUUAGCCAUUGUGUUAUUGGGCGUCCUAUUUUAAAAACAAACGUAUUAAAAUGAAUUGACCACUGUGUGAUCUUUACAGCUAGAACAACAGCCAUUAUUCUGAGAGUCUUCUUACAAGACUUUGAAGUCUGUGGGAAUUUGUGCCCAUUUAGUUAAAAGAUCUGAUUUGUAUGACUGGGCACUGAUGUUGGUCAAGAAAGCCUCAGUUGAUGUUCCAGUUCAUUCCAGAGCUGUUGAGUGGGGCUGAGGUCAGGACUCUGUGUAAGACACUGGAGUUUCUUUAAACUGAGUUUUUCUUCAUGUCUUUAUAAAGCUGCUUUGUGCACAGGGGUACAGUCAUGCUGGAACUGGAAUGAGCCUUCCCUAAACUGAUGAUGCAAAGUUAGGCAUAUCAUUUCCUUUAUAUAACUGAUUUAUUACACCUGACAAACACAUUAAUUUAAUAUAUAGGUGUGCACUAAUUCUUUUGUCUAUAUAGUGUCUAUAUAUUUGUAUCUAUUUGUUCUAUAAUGUCUGUAGGCUGUGUCUCAAAUCACAUACUAUGACCCGAUACAAAAGUACUGGACAGACUUGUGCGGCUGUCAGUAGUCCGUUCAUAAUCAAGUUCCAUGGUGUGUGAUGGGAGCCACAUUUUAAGUUCGUCAUCAUGUAAAGACAAACAAUGCUUAGAAGAGUCUGUGGGUUUGAGACGAAGCUAGAGUCUUUCACACUGAAGCCAGAUUACGUUUUAGGUCCCAGGUUGUUCUGGAUUACCUAAGACAUGAUUCUCAACUUCAGUCUGGACCUAAAGAUCUUCUGUUACUGGAGAGCUUCAUGUUUUCCUCGUCCAACAAGCUCAGUUAUGGUUAUUGGGGGGCUUAAUAAUUAAUAAUGAGCCCAUGAAUUACAUGAGAUGUGUACCAACCCUGGUCGAGGGCAUUCUGGUACUGGGAGUGUAGCUUUAUGCUGAGCGUGUUGCUGCAAUUUGUUUUAAAGAUGAGUGUCCUUUUUUCUUCUUUCUUUUUAUUCUUUAGCUGUGAAUGUAUUUUCUAUGUUAUAUACGUAUAUGUUGAUAAUUCUGAUCGACGGAACACGAUUUUUUUUCAUUUUCUGGUUCCGUAAAAAAAAUAAAAUCUGGAGCGUUUGAACAUGACUACAACCUGCAACAUUUCAGCAAUUAUUUUUGUCUGAAAUUCUUUAUAUAUGGGUGUGUGUGUUAAGAUGACACUUGUUUGGAAAUACUACUACACUACUGAGCACUAAUAAUGAAUGAAGGUACUGAAGGUUUGUGAUGUAAUUUGAACUCUCACAAGACACUGGAGUGAUUUUAUGUUUUAUGUGAUUUGGUGAUUAUUUCUGUAUAUCUCGUGUGUUUUUAUUUUGUUUUGGGUAAAGUGAGUUUUACACUGUUUUGCACCUUGCAAUAAAAAUCUCAUGGAUGAAUGGUUCCAGAAAA